AUGUUUUAGUUGAGAAUGAGGACUGAAGAAUCUUAUCAAAACUUAAUUUUAAAUAAAAGGAGAGUAUUUGUAGGGUAGACUGCAGAGCAACUUUUUUGGCUUCAAAUGCUCUUAAGAUGUUUCGCUUCCUUAUAUCAAGGGUACUAAUCAAAAUUUUUAGGGCUACCCACUUAAUUUAGACUUUUUGCUAUUCUAAACGAUUCUAGGUCAUCAAAGGAUGGAGAAAUCAGAACAUCAGGGGAAAGAGAACGGUUGAUUCAUGAGCCCAAAAUUAAUCCUAAAAUAGAAAAUUCUGAUUUUGCAAAAACAUAGAUGUAAGUUCAUUAAAGGUAGAUUAUUGAGAUCUUAUAAACAGUAAAAAAGGUUAUCUAUUAUUAGAAUUAAACUAAUUUAUGUAAUGAAACAUAAUUGUUAUAAAAUAGUAACUUAUUAGGGCAUAUCAUUAACUAAUACAAAGGCAAGAACAGGGAUAUUGAAAACAGGAUAAUCUCAUUUGUUUUCUAAUAGAAGGAAAUGGCAAUUUCUAAAGAAAUGA